AGCAGGGCUCCCGCGGGCGUCGCUCCGGCCAUCGUCCCCACCUCCACCUGGGCCGCCCGGCAGGCAGGCGGUGAGUCAGGGGCUUGGAGGGGACCGGGGGUGCCACCUGCUCGCGGGAGGCCGGGCGGCGUCUUGGGUCCUCCGAGGCCGGGACAGGGGUUGCUGCGGAACGCCCGCCGCGACAGAGCCGCGCUCACCCAGGUAGAACGGGCAUGGCAGACCUCCCUGCAGGCUUGUUGCUGGGCGAACGAGAAGGAUGCCAUGCUGACAUGCUGACUUGCUCUGUCUCCUUGCAGACGGAGGCCCGGGAGCCAUGGGUGACUGGGGCUUCCUGGAGAAGCUGCUGGACCAGGUCCAGGAGCACUCCACCGUGGUGGGCAAGAUCUGGCUGACGGUGCUCUUCAUCUUCCGCAUCCUCAUCCUGGGCCUAGCCGGCGAGUCAGUGUGGGGUGACGAGCAGUCAGAUUUCGAGUGUAACACGGCCCAGCCAGGCUGCACCAACGUCUGCUAUGACCAGGCCUUCCCCAUCUCCCACAUCCGCUACUGGGUGCUGCAGUUCCUCUUCGUCAGCACGCCCACCCUGGUCUACCUGGGCCAUGUCAUUUACCUGUCUCGGCGAGAAGAGCGGCUACGGGAGAAGGAGGGGGAGUUGCGGGCACUGCCAGCCAAGGACCCACAGGUGGAGCGGGCACUGGCGGCCGUAGAGCGUCAGAUGGCCAAGAUCUCGGUGGCAGAAGAUGGUCGCCUGCGCAUCCGCGGAGCGCUGAUGGGCACCUAUGUGGCCAGCGUGCUCUGCAAGAGCGUGCUAGAGGCAGGCUUCCUCUAUGGCCAGUGGCGCCUGUAUGGCUGGACCAUGGAGCCCGUGUUUGUGUGCCAGCGAGCACCCUGCCCCUACCUCGUGGACUGCUUUGUCUCUCGCCCCACGGAGAAGACCAUCUUCAUCAUCUUCAUGUUGGUGGUUGGACUCAUCUCCCUGGUGCUUAACCUGCUGGAGUUGGUGCACCUGCUGUGUCGCUGCCUCAGCCGGGGGAUGAGGGCACGGCAGGGCCAAGACGCACCCCCGACCCAGGGCACCUCCUCAGACCCUUACACGGACCAGGUCUUCUUCUACCUCCCCAUGGGCCAGGGGCCCUCAUCCCCGCCAUGCCCCACCUACAAUGGGCUCUCAUCCAGCGAGCAGAACUGGGCCAACCUGACCACGGAGGAGAGGCUGGCUUCUUCCAGGCCCCCUCUCUUCCUGGACCCACCCCCUCAGAAUGGCCGAAAAUCCCCCAGUCGCCCCAGCAGCUCUGCUUCUAAGAAGCAGUAUGUAUAGAGGCCUGGGGCUUAUGUCACCCAACAGAGGGGUCCUGAGAAGUCUGGCUGCCUGGGAUGCCCCCUGCCCCCUCCUGGAAGGCUCUGCAGAGAUGACUCGGCUGGGGAAGCAGAUGCUUGCUGGCCAUGGAGCCUCAUUGCAAGUUGUUCUUGAACACCUGAGGCCUUCCUGGUGCCACCAGGCACUCUGGCUUCCUCUCCAGAAUGUGGCUUUGCCUGAGCACAGACAGAGUCAGCAUGGGAUGCUCUGGCCUUUUGCCGCUGAUCCAGAGGGACCCAGAGCCAACUUACCCCAACCUCACCCUAUGGAACAGUUACCUGUGUGCAGGUUGUCCUCAAACCCUCCCCUCACAGGAAGAGGCGGACUGAGGCUGCUGGGUCAGCCUGGAUCGCACAGACAGAGCUUGUGCCGGAUUUGGCCCUGUCUAGGGGACUGGUGCCUUGU